AAAGGUAGAAAAAAGAUAAAUCAAUCCCAGAUUGGCUUGGACUGGAGUCGGCCACAACGCCCAAAGGCCGAACGUCCGCCAGCCACAAAAAUGGCGGGCUGAGAGCGUAUCUCCACUCCAAGAAUCAUUCAUCUCUAUUACUAUACGCUUCUCUGCUAAGUUUCAACCAUCUUCCAUUUAUUUCCAGGGUUUACCAGAGGUUUCUCCACUAUUAUUAGUCUUUAAAGCUUCAAUGUCUUCUACUUCCUAUGCUUUAUCCCCUUCCCUCAGAACAAGACUGUUCAACCCCUUCCCCAACAGAUUAAUCGCCCCCGCCCCAAUAUAUCAGCACCGAAGCAAAUGUGAGUUGAACAGGAGGGGCUUCGCUUUCAAAGGAAUUGUGGCUUCGGGAGUUUCGGUCAUGGGCUCGUCUUUGAUAACCGAACCCGUUCAAGGGGUUGAGAGAUUGCCAUUCAAGCCAGAAGGGUACAAUUUUUGGACGUGGCAGGGUCACAGAAUACAUUAUGUGGUGCAAGGAGAAGGGUCUCCGGUUGUUCUUAUUCAUGGGUUUGGUGCUUCUGCAUUUCACUGGAGGUACAACAUACCCGAGUUGGCCAAAAAGUACAAGGUUUAUGCUAUAGACUUGUUAGGGUUUGGGUGGAGUGACAAGGCCAUUAUUGAGUACGAUGCCUUGGUAUGGAGGGAUCAAUUAGUGGACUUUUUGAAGGAGAUAGUGAAGGAGCCUGCAGUUUUGGUUGGAAACAGCCUUGGAGGCUUUGCUGCUUUGGUUGCAGCAACGGGGUUGCCUGAGCAAGUUGUCGGAGUUGCACUGCUGAAUUCUGCAGGACAGUUUGGAAAUGCUAAUAGAAAAACUGAUGAGUCUGAAGAAACUGUCUUACAGAAGUUUAUUGUAAAGCCACUGAAGGAAAUAAUCCAGCGUGUAGUUCUUGGAUUCUUAUUCUGGCAAGCAAAGCAACCAGCUCGCAUUGAAUCUGUCUUGAAGAGUGUGUACAUAAAUCCCUCCAAUGUGGACGACUAUCUUGUGGAAUCAAUAUCAAGGCCAGCAGCUGACCCCAAUGCCAGUGAAGUAUAUUAUAGGUUAAUGACGAGGUUCAUGAUGAAUCAAAGCAAAUACACAUUGGACAGUGUGUUGAGUGAACUCUCUUGCCCAUUGUUGUUGGUGUGGGGUGACUUGGACCCAUGGGUUGGUCCUGCCAAGGCUAACCGAAUCAAGGAAUUUUAUACCAAAACAUCUCUUGUUAAUUUACAAGCCGGGCACUGUCCACAUGAUGAAGUUCCUGAGCUUGUGAACAGGGCUUUAUUGGAUUGGUUGUCAAGUCUAUCAUCUGAAGCCUCCCCCCAGUCACUGUAACCUCUACAAAUUUCAUAUAUAGCUUUAUACUUCAAACUAUACUGUCCCUUGAGGUUUUACUGGUAAUUUGAUUGUCAAGUCUAGCUAUCAGCUGAAGCCUCUCUCUAGUCACUGUAACCUCUACAAAUUUCAUGGCUUUACACUUCCAAUGUCCCUGAGAUUUUACUAGUAAAUAUUCCCUCGCUAUUUA